AUGGGAAUGAAUUCAGUAAUGGUAAAAGAAAAUAUUCUGAUUACACAAAAAAUAAUAGAAAAAAUUAGUAAAAUAAAAAAGGAAAACGUCUUUUAUAAUUGUAUUCCUUACUAUGAUUUUAUUUACAAUAAAUAUAGAACUUACUUAUCAAUCGAAUCUUGUUUUAAUCUAUUUUACUUACAAAACAAAUAUUUAUUUAUUCACAAAAAUUUAAUAUAUUAUAUAUGCAACAAAGUUAAUAAUACUUCAAUAUAUAGUAUAUUCAAAAUAAAAAAUGAAUUUAUAAUAGAUCAUAUAUAUAACUGCAAUAUCUAUAAAUAUAAAUGCAAUUUCCAGACAAACUAUUAUAAUUUUGUUCAUAACAUUUUAUUGAUUUCAUCUAUCCGAUUAUGUAGACCAAUUCAUUUAUACUCGGAUUAUAAUGUAGUGAAUAAUAAAAGAAAAGGAGAGGAGAAUAAAAAUAUAAAAUUGCAUAAUUUUCACAAAUUUUACAAUCCAAAUAACUAUACCAUAUUAUUUAAUCACAAUAAUAAUAGUAGGGGUAGUCAUAGUGAAAAAUUACAAAAAAUAAAAUAUCUAAUAAAGCUAUAUAAAUGCUUUAGUACUAAUAAUAUACGACCAUUCAAUUUUUUAAAUAAAUAUCUUCAUUCUCUUUUUUCCUCAACGCAUUUAAAUGUGUCUGCAAAAGGUUUGUGUAUGCACAAUACAAUAAUUCAAAGGAAUACCAACUUAUCUUCCACCAAUGAAAUAAGGCUAGAAAGCAUUCGAAAAGAUAGUGAAAACAAAUAUGACUAUAAUAACAAGUCUAAUAAGAAUGCUCACACUAGUGAUGAUAUAUAUAGGGAAUACAAUAUGUGCGACCCAAUUUUAAAUAUACAAAAUAUUAGUAAACUUUUGUUUUAUUUAUCAAAAUGUGAUGCAUAUUAUUAUGAUAUAUUUUUUAAUAAAUAUUAUUAUAACAUAUUUAUUUAUCUGCUUUCAUUGCAAAAAGAAAAAUAUAGUACCACCUACACUUCAGAUAUAAAUAAGAAUAACAUAAUUUCAAAAAAAGAUGAAGAAAAAAUAUAUGACAAUCUUAUCAUGAGUUUUAUAAUUUUUUUGUCUUCUUCUUAUCUUAUUAAAAAUAUUAAAAGAAAAAUAUCCUCUAUAACUAAAAUGAUAUAUAUAUCUUCGAUGUUGCUAAAAUUGGUAUGUAAUUAUGACUAUUACAAAUAUUUUAAAUCUACAAAAAAUAUUACAGAAAGCAGUUAUGAGAAAAACAUAAUAAAUAUGAACAAUAAUAAUUGUGAUGAGAAUAAUUUUAUAUUAAUCAAUUUCGAAAACGUAAACUAUUUAUUCAAUGCGUCUUAUUUUAAAAAAAUAUUACUUUUAACAUAUAUCAUAAAUAACAUUAUUCCCGAUUUUGUCAAAAAUAUAGAUAAAAAUAUUAAUAUGCCUAUGACUAAUUUGUUAAUAAAAAACACUUUUAAUAUGCUUGAUUGUAUUCCACUAUAUGCUUUAAAACUAAUUUAUCACCAACUUUUUAUAUAUCCCAAGCAUAAUCAAAGUCAUAAAAUUCUUAACAACAAAAAAUCUUUGUUGGAAAAACAAAUCCUUUUUAAUGUUCAAGAAAUUUUGAAAAAAUAUACAAACAAUUAUAUGUGUCUUCUUGACACAACAAAUUUUCAUACACUCUUUUCAAUAGAUGCCCUCAUAGUAAAUAAGUAA